ACAUUUUCAUUCCUCAAAGUCACCUAAAGAGAAAUGUACAUUGUACAUCCCUAAAGCAUGAAAUUAUUUUCAAAAAUUUUUUUGUUUUCAUUAAUUUGCACAUUGCUAACACUAUGUCAAAAAAGUGUAAAAUCCGAUUCAAAGUGAAAAAGAAAGUGGAUGCUCUACAACAAUCAUUGAAUGCAAUGGUAAAUGAAGCCGACAUCGACAGCACAAUCCAAUCGAAUAUUAUGACAGCCAUCACAGUAGAAAUCAAAACUGUCUACGAAGGAAUGUACACCUGUGAAGAAAAAUACGUUAAACUAGCUGCAGCAAAAGGAGAAGAAAUAGGACAGUACCGCAAAAAAUUGGGAUCGUUCAACGAGACAAUCAUGCUAGUAUGCGCUGGCAGAGAUCUAAAAUACCGGUUAGAAACCUUUGGUAUGGACGUCAAUGUAAUAGCUGGAACUGCAAUAGAUCGAUCUCCAGAGUUGAGGACAGCAUUAAAAAAUAUGAGGGCAUCUGUGAAUCGUCGAAAACUAGAGCUUUGUACGUAUGUCAUGAACCUGUAUGAUCUCUACAUGCGGUACUUACCUCAUACUGUAGCCUGGCCCGUUGAUGAUAAAGGUGAUUGGGAAAUAGAAGUAAAAAUUGCAUAUCGAGAUUUGAAAAAGAUACCAGCAAAUCAAGAACCGCAAAACCGUGUCACAACGCCUUCGUUGCAAGAUUUGAUUCUCACAUUUCAAGCAGCGGAAGAUGAAACCGCUGCAGUUGAAGUAUUUAAAAAGCAAUGUGCUUCAUGCUAUUGGUCUUCCAUUGACACUGACUUUGUGGAUGAACACCAUGGGCUGAAAGAGUUAGCGGCGUCGCUUCCGGAAAGCGAAAAAGUACGUCUCACUUCAGAUAAUGCUUUGGCAGGUAUAGACCCUACAGCUAAAACAUUGGCCACUAAUUUGUUAAAAUCCAAAACAUAUUUUACCAUGGAUUCCGAUGGCGGUAAAUGUUAUGCGGGUUGCGUUGAAGUUUUUUUUAUUUGCGAAAGAUGUGGAUUACCUUAGUGGCUUGAAAAAACGGAUGCACACAAGAUGGCCACAUCUGGAAUAUAAGAACGAAGUCUUGGUAGACAGAUUUUGUUCGCGUUUUGCCGCCCUUUAUAAUAAGAUAAGCAACACCGACAUUCAUGCCCCUGGUAAAUGCGCACCCGAUUCAUCACAUAUUUACAGGUUUAUUAAAAAAAUGCGACCAGUCCAUGAACUAAGGGACAAUUUUGUAUUUGUAGCUCAGGUUGUAGGAGCAAUUUUGUAUGAUUACGAACCACCUCAAGAAUAAUCUAGAAAAUAGGAUAAUUCGUUGGUACCUAUUUUAUACAAUUAAUUAAACAUCUUGUUAUCGUUAAAUUUAGAAUUACUAGGAUAGGAUAGUUCAGAUAAGCGUGAUUAUUUACAAAGGGGGUUACAUGAGAAACUACCUAAGGGGGUUGAAUUUAGCCUAUGUCUCCUAAUGUCACUAUACAUGGGUGUCCAAUCCAAUAUUAACGAGAACAACUAAAGGUUAGAAUAAUAAUGAAAUGAACACCUAACAUCAUUAUUCCGAUGAUACUCUUUAUUGUACUAAAAUACAGCAAUACUAAUAUAA